UGAAUUGAAGACGGAAACCAAGAUUUAGUUGCUACAAUCAAUACUGUAGCAUAUUUUACAGUGCAACUGGUAGCUGUUGCUCUAUUUGCCUUUAAGAGGUUGAAGGAGUCUCGUUGCUGAAUCGUCAUGAACAUGAACAUGAACCUAGUUCUUGUGCUCAUUCAAGUCAUUGCUACUUGUGGUGGUCAAAGUGUGUCAGAUGAGAGAAAUCAGCAGACAUGUGUGUCUGCUGGAGUACACUUGGAUCACCUGGAGUUAAUGGAUCAUCUGGACGAGAUGGAAAGAAAGAGAAAAGGGGAUGAACGGAGAGAAAGGAUUAGUUGGAGAUGCUGGUGCACAAGGAAUAAAAGGAGAAGAAGGAAGGAAAGGAGAGAAAGGAAUAAAGGGAGAGAGAGGAUUAGUUGGAGAUGUCGGCAGUAAAGGUAAUGCUGGGAAGAUAGGUCCACAAGGUCCACAAGGUCCACGAGGGAUAAAAGGAGAAACAGGAAGGAAAGGAGAGAAAGGAGAAGCUAUGACACUCAACUGGAAACAGUGUGUGUGGAAUAGAUAUGAUCAUAAGGACAGCAGUCUGAUUCAGAACUGUAAUUUUAGGAAACUUGACAGCAAUUCAGCUCUACAUGUUGCAUAUGCAGGAAAUCUCAGGGUUAAAUGCUCCAGUGGUGAGUGCUGUUCUCGAUGGUAUUUUACAUUCAAUGGUAACGAGUGCAGUGGACCUAUGACUAUUGAGGGAGUUGUGUAUGGUAAUCCAGCUAAUGAUAAUCCUCUCCGUCACAGACAGAUUGAGGGAUACUGUGAGAACAUUCCAGCAGGUCAAGUCACAAUUGGAUUCAACAUUGGAUACUGUAACAAAUUUACAUCAACAACGUAUAAUGGCUAUACAGGAUGGAUAUCAGUAUCUCGCAUUAUGAUUGCAAAAGUUCCUCCAUCACAAAAGUGACUGAAUUAGAGAGAAAUUAGAACUUGUGUUCAGUAUAGUUUGCAGUACGUACAGUACGAGGUAGCUGAAGUAGGAGGCUGGAUGGUGCGCAUGCAUGUCUCUCUUUUCCGUAUGUGAGUGUCUGUAUGAUUAAUUCAACAUA